GCAACAAGUGAAUCAAAAGUUAGAGCAGCUAAAGAAGAAAAUACAUUAAUAUUAAAUGAACAGCUCCGUGAACAAUUGGAUGAAAAGAAUAAAACAAUUGAAAAUGAGAGACAGAGAGUUAAGCAUUUGGAAGAUCAGUUCUCUUGUAUGCUUGAAGAACAAAAACGCCUACAUAUUCAAAUUGAACGACAAGAAACCGUGAUUAAUAAAGUUCUAAGUGGAUUACAUAUGAUUAACCAACACAAAGAUGUAAUAGAAAAUGAUGUAUUGAAAAAUAUUACAGAGGAUAUGCAAAUUACACUGUCGCUUGACAGAAAACCAUACCAACCUCCCGCUUAUAUUAAUCCACCUUGGAAACCGGCUGGCAACAAUCGCAUC